UCCUGCUUAUGGAGGAAGGUGGUAUUCGGUUACGAGUACAACUUCAGUUCCAAUUUGUGAUGUUGCAUUCGCUCCAGGAGAACCAAGUUUAAGCGACGCCUUUUCAUUGACCUAGACUUCACGGAAAAUUGACACGGUGCCUGCUAUUGGCGCAUGAUAUUGAUAAAUGAAUGGAAGGGGAGUUGGUGGCUGGCUGUGCAUAUCAAUGGGUGGUUAACUUGGUAGCAUGUACAUGGGAGCAUUGAUUGCUGACAAGGACGUAAAAGAUGCACCCACGCUGCAAUCGGAAGAAACGAAUUAAUAGGAUUAUAUUCACAUAUUUUGAUUACUUCGUUUUAUUUUAAUAGUACUAUUAUUGGUUGAAUUGGCUCUGCCAUGUUGUUUGCGGAGUGGGUAUCAAGGGAUGUCCUUCCAGAAGCGGCAUCCCUUGAUGAGGCCACGCAUUCGUCGACUCAGGCCCAUCUCUUUCUCACUGGCAGAGGCUCACUUAUCUUGCACCUGUUGCCCAUGUCCGACGUGAGACGUGGAGAAGCUCGGGUGUUAUAGCCAGGUGUCAACUGUCCGACGUUGCAUAUAACGUCACAGGUUCUAUUAAAACCUGACGCCAACCCUAUCGGCACUUCUAAUCUUCAACUUCAUGAAGUCUAGGGUGUAGCCUAGAGAUUCAUGACUUGCAUCUAUUAGAGGUAAUAUUCCUAGGGAUUGUCAGUAUCAACAAACAACAUGGAUUCCGGGUUUAUUCGCGAGAAUAUCCCCGCCAUCGCGUCGAUCGCUGUGUUGGUAUACGUUCUCUCGGUAGGUAGCUCACGGCCUCUAUUGCAUCACAGCUCCGGCUGAUUCGCAUCAUAGGUCGUAUACCGGUCGCAGAAAAGUCACCUAAGCUACUUACCCGGUCCUUGGUAUACCAAGUUUACCGACCUCCUUCUCCGAUACAAAGUCGUCACCGGCCAGCGGCCCCGAUAUGUCCACGCUCUGCAUGAAAAAUAUGGUUCGUCGCACAUUCAAAAGAUAGGUAAACUUGGCUAAUGAUGCGUACAGGCCCCGUUGUGCGAAUUGGACCCGACGAAGUCGAUGUUUCUGACAUCAGCGGCGCACGC